AUGUGAUUUGUCUUUGAAAUCUGUCAGCUGACUUCACUUCUGCGCAAGGCGAGAUAAGGAUCCGUGAGGAUGUCUGUAAGUGUCCAGCCUCUCCAGUGUACCACUGACUGCAAGGACCAGAAUUUUGAUGGCAUUAUCUUAAUAUGCCAAAGUCAUGAGCAGCUCUCUGAUGAGCUGGAGUGUUUGAAAGCACCAUUACAGGACUACAGCGCAGUGGACUGUUGCGUCGGUGAAGAGGUCGUGGUGGUCAAGGUUCCUGGUCUCCCUGGAAACAGACUGGUGUUUGCCUGCACUGGUCCAGUGAAUCGGGACUAUGAUGAUGUUCGGCGGUUCAGAGAUGCUGCUGCUAAUGGCAUUAAGAGGGCUGUGAAAGCUGGCAUGCAGCGCCCUCUGCUGGUUUGUCCCCCACACAGCAGCUAUGCAAAGAACACCCUAGUGGCUGUUCUAGGAGCCCUGCAUGUUCUCUAUACACCUUUAGAGGUGAGGGAGCACAAGUCGUCCCCUCAUAAGGUGGCUGUGCUGGGCAUCUGGGUGAAGAACCAGGCGCAGGGAGAAGCCGUUACUGAGCUGGCCACUGCUCUGGAGAGCGGCAGGCUUGUCUAUCGUGACAUCGGUGGCUCUGACCCGGAGCGAAUGGCUGCCCCACGUGUAGCUGAAUAUGUGCAAGUAGUUUUCAAGGAUAGUCCUGUAACGGUGACAGUAGUGAGUAAUUUGAAUACUCUGGAGAAGGAGUAUCCCUGUUUGGCUGCAGUCAACCGCUGUGCUAACACUGUGCCGCGCCACCAGGCUCGAGUGAUCAAGCUGCUGUACUGUGGGGAAGGACCCAUUCAACAGACCCUCAUGGUGGUUGGCAAGGGCAUUACGUAUGACACCGGUGGUGCCGACAUCAAGGCCGGAGGAAUCAUGGCUGGAAUGCACAGAGAUAAAUGUGGAUCUGCGGCUGUUGCUGGCUUCUUCCAGAUCUUAGCCAAACUAAAGCCCAAACACCUGAAGGUUGUGGGUGCAAUGGCAAUGGUGCGGAACAGUGUCGGAUCUGAUUGUUAUGUAGCUGAUGAGUUGGUGGUGUCUCGUGCUGGUCGUAGAAUCCGAGUUGGAAACACUGAUGCUGAAGGAAGAAUGGUGAUGGUGGACUUGCUAUGUGAGAUGAAGGAGCAGGCGUUGAAGGAGGUGUCUCCUCAGCUUUUCACUAUCGCCACUCUGACAGGACAUGCUAUCAGAGCCAUGGGACCUCAUUACUCUAUCAUAAUGGAUAACGGUGCUGCUCAACGCUCAGGAAACGCUCUGCAGUGGCAGAAAGCGGGAGAGGUGCUGGGAGAUCUGUUUGAGGUGUCCACCAUUCGUCGAGAGGAUUACGAGUUCCACAAAGGGAAGUCUGAGUAUGAAGAGAUCCUGCAGUCUAAUAACCUGCCCUCGUCCGCCACACCGCGUGGACACCAGACGCCUGCCGCCUUCCUCAUCAUGGCUUCUGGACUGGAUAAGCAUGGAGUGGACUCGGACAAACCUCUGCCUUACUCUCAUAUCGACAUUGCUGGAUCCAGCGGCCCCUUCCCUGGUGUCCCCACAGGCGCCCCAAUUCUUGCCAUGGCAACAAAGUACCUGGAGCUUUAAAUGCAUGUCCAGUGAUUUUUCUGGUCCUUCAUUAUUUCAGUUAUUUCCAUCUAGUGCCAUUUCUCGAUUAAUGGCUUUCAUAUCUGCUCCGUCUGACAUGUGUGUUCAUGUAAGACUGGGGCAAAUAAUGACCUUUGCUCCUUCUAACCCAUCUUGAACACUGUCCAUUUUCUCAUUUUGUUGUCGCUCCGUACAUACAUAAAUGCAUCUCUUAACAUCCUUAAAAACCUCUACGCUCCUCUUACUCACACACAAAAUAAUCUUAUCUGAUUAUUUAGUACUGUGCACUGUUUCCGUUUCUAAUUAGCAUUUACCGAGCUGAAAGUGAAUUAACCAAAGUGUUUUAUUUCCAUUCUUACCUUGUAGCCUUAGUUUCUGAGUUGAACUGACAUGGAAGAAGAGGUGGGGAAGUUGAGCCAGUGAUUGAUAAUGAAUUUACAUCUGUGACUUUGUUUGGCAAUACUGUGAGAAAAAUGCAUUGUACAACUGCCCAUUUUGUACUAGUAUAGUUGUGUGUAAUCAAGAAAAAAAA